AUGCCGUGUUUGCAGUUGAUUCGUCGUCGAAAAAAGAAAAAGAAGAAGGAGCAACUUGUGCAGAUAGUUGAAAAAGGAGAAAAUGAAGACGAGAGAAUAAUGAUGAAAGGAGGAAAGAAUGAGGAAGAUCACGAGAAUGAAGAAGAUGAUGACAAUGUGGAAAGUUCCUUAAUUGGGUGUUCCCCAUUAACAAGAAGGCGAAGAAAAUCUGCAGCAGUUGGGACCUCUACAUCCGAGAAAAACCAUCAAAAUCAUAAUCAUCCGUCUCCACGAAAAUCUCCAGGAUUCCGGUUUAGAAGAAUAUUUGAUACUUUUACAUUUACAAAGUCGCUAAAACCACAAUACUCUUUGGAAAAUAAUAACGAUGAAGAAGAAUCUGACGAGACCCAAAAAUGUGCAGAAACGGCAGAACUGGAUGUGGUUACUCUUUUGAUGGAAGUUCGUCUUAAGAAUGGAGAAGAUUUACCAGUGAAAGAUGCUUCAGGAAGUUCCGACCCAUAUGUAAAGUUUCGAUACAAGGACAACAUCGUUUAUAAAUCUGGAACAAUUUUCAAAAACUUGAAUCCAUCUUGGGAUGAAGAGUUCCAAAUGAUUGUCGAUGACGUCACAUGUCCAAUACGUCUUGAAGUGUUCGAUUUUGAUCGAUUUUGUACAGAUGAUUUUAUGGGAGCAGCAGAAGUUGACAUGUCACAAGUGAAGUGGUGCACACCAACUGAAUUUCACGUCGAAUUAACUGAUGAAGUUAAUCAACCAACUGGAAGAGUUUCAGUGUGUGUUACAAUCACUCCUAUGACUCAAUUAGAAGUUCAGCAGUUUCAUCAAAAAGCUACAAAAGGGAUUUUGAGCACGUCAGAGAAGAAGAAAGAGCAAAGACCGAACAACACUCAAGAAUGGGACAAGAUUGUAAAUAUAGUGCUUGUCGAAGGGAAAGGGAUUCGAAUUGAUGAAAGGAUUCCAGAUGCAUUUUGUAAAUUCAAACUAGGUCAAGAAAAGUAUAAAACAAAAGUUUGCACGGGAAUCGAACCAAAAUGGGUAGAACAAUUUGAUUUACACGUUUUCGAUUCGGCAGAUCAAAUGUUACAAAUGGCAUGUAUUGAUAGGAAUACAAAUGCAAUCAUUGGAAGACUCUCAAUCGAUCUUUCCUCCUUCUCCCACGACGAAACCGUCCAGCACUGGUAUCAUCUUGAAAAUGCUCCAGAUGAUGCUCAAGUUCUUCUUCUGAUUACUGUAUCAGGCUCGCAUGGAGCGGGUGAAACUAUUGAGACGGAUGAAUUCAAUUACAAUGAUAUUAGGAAUACAAGGAUUCAGAAAUACGAUGUCACAAAUUCAUUUUCUGAUUUGGCGGAUGUUGGUACAUUGACCGUUAAGCUUUUCGGAGCAGAAGAUUUGGUCGCUAAAGAUUUCGGAGGCAAAAGUGACCCAUUCGCUGUUUUGGAGUUGGUGAAUACAAGAGUUCAGACGAAUACAAUUUACAAAACUCUGAGCCCGAGUUGGAAUAAAAUUUAUACAUUCGCUGUCAAAGAUAUCCAUACAUGCCUACAAGUGACCAUUUACGAUGAAGAUCCCAACAAUCGAUUCGAAUUUUUGGGACGUGUUCAAAUUCCAUUAAAAUCAAUAAGAAACUGUCAGAAACGAUGGUACGGAUUGAAAGAUGAGAAAUUGAGAAAACGAGUGAAAGGAGAGGUACUUCUUGAAAUGGAUGUAAUCUGGAAUCCCAUUCGAGCUGCAAUUAGAACAUUUAAACCAAAAGAAAUUAAGUACAUGAGUCAGGAACAGAAGUUUAAGGCUUCUUUGUUCAAAACAUAUUUUGGAGAGUUAAAAGAAGUUGUGAAUGUUCUUGCCAGCUACAAAAAUCAAAUGGAAUAUCUUCUUUCAUGGCAUUCUAAGCCAAAGUCCUUGACAGCCUAUGUGAUCUUCAUGCUGUUUGUCUACUACUUCCAAAUCUACUUCAUUCCGCUGAUGAUUUUAGCUUUAUUUGGAUACAACUUCAUAUUGUCCAAGACGUCUGGAGACAUAUCUGAUUCACCAAGCAGACAUUCUCUCAAGGGGCAAAAAAGUGAAGAAGAAGAUGAAAAGACAGGAACAGGAAUCCGUGAUGCAAUUAGUUCAGUUCAGGAGAUCUUACUUUCCGUUCAAUCAUAUCUUCAUUUUGCUACUCAACUCCUCCAAAAAAUCAAAAAUACAUUCAAUUUCACUGAUAUCUGGUUAUCAACUCUUGCAGUUAUUGUCCUAUCACUUGCAUUUGUUCUUCUGUAUUUUGUGCCCCUUCGAUGGAUCAUUUUAGUGUGGGGCACAAACAAAUUCUCCAAAAAAUUGAGAAAUCCGAAUUUCGUGGAUAAUAAUGAACUACUAGAUUUUCUUUCAAGGGUACCGUCUAGGACCGAACGCCAAGAGCAAUCAAAUGGACGAGUCAAUAAACCAAUAAAUCUGUGAUUAUUUCUUCUUAACUCAAAAAUUUCAGUAAAAUGCUUAACUACAUGGUGAUACUUCUAGACAAUAAAUUCCCCCCAUUGCAUUCAAAUGUGACCCUUUUUCUGUAUUUACACGUUCUGCCUUUAAUAUUCCAAUUAACUUCUUGAUAAAUAAAUGUUUGGUUAUUAUUUUAUCAUUUCUCAAUAUUAUUUUCUCAAUUUCAUCGUAAUGAUUUCGUUGCAAUUGUCACUGUUUACCAUUUUUCCAGCAUUCGUUGUAAGUUUACAUGGAUCUUGAUUCAUUUUGUAUCAGCCAGCAUCACUUUUACAUUUGAAAAUGAAAUUUCAACACUAAUAAA